GUAUAUUCGUACUCGGGGCUUCUCGAGCUCAGAGGAAGAUCCAUUCACAAAUCUCUCGCUGUGCUUUCUCUUGGCUUUAGGAAGGAUAUAACACUGUUUUGCCUUUCGCUUGUGUUUGAAAGGUACCGGCGUUGAGAGAUCGGUUUAUGAGCCGUUGUGUGUGGAAACGAGUUUCAGACUUCAGCUGUCUUAUUUUGGAGAUUCGUAUUCAAGAGUGUAUAUUUCGGCGAUACCGACAAGAAAACGCUCUCUCAAUGGCGGGGGUGGUAGACAUCGAUAGCGAGCAUCAGAUGAAGGAGUACUUUCGUAUUCUCGACACGAAGAUUAUCGGCUAUAUACCAUACGAUGAGUUUCAUCUGAUCAUCAAAGGCUUCCAGGGGGAAAUCUCGCUGACAGACGAGGAAGUCACCAACGUUUUAGACGUCGUCGACAACAACAAGGAUGGAAGAAUUACAUUUAAUGAGUUUUACAAGUUUAUGUGUGCUGACUAGCUGAGACGCCAUGAGUCCCGGAACACCGCCGAACAGUGACAAAGACACUAUCAUACAACUGCGACCUGUGCUAGCUGAAAGUACUCAUACUGUUUAGAAUUCAAGAUGGCUGAUAACUGUGUUCAACUUGUCUUCUGAUUGGCUACCCUCGUUAUCACGUGACCCCGCCUCAAUGAUGUCAUACCCUCGGAAAGUUACCUGUUCCAGAGUCUAGCCCGAUAACACUCCUAUAUCACCAGGUGGAUGAUUUUCCUCUAUUUACAUGGUUAUACGUAUAUAUUAUAUAUUUUGUACCUUUUUGAAAUAAACAUAAGCUAUACACAUAUUUAUUGAAACGUUAACUCCAACUAAUACGGAAUAUAUUUUAUGUGAAAUUAACAAUUUUGAUUGUCAGUGUAUGGCCUUGUGACGUUACUUUGUCUUGAUAUUGUCCAGGAAGCCAUGCAAUGUAUUACACAUGUCUUUUGUGAAUAUAUAACUGACGGAUUAUUAUCACAAGAGCCUAGUAAUUGUGUAAAACAUUAUGUAAUACAAAUAAUAGAAUAGUUCCCGAUGGUGUUGUUUCGUUUAGUGUCAGAGAGUUGAAAUAGAAUGAAAAUGACACGGAAGGACACGAGUACCUUGUCUAACACCACUUGUUAAAAGACGAAUUUCUGUAUAAAAACGAAAUGGUAACAUAUUUUGCAUAAAAUGCACUUCUUUACUAAAACUGAAAAUCAAUUAAUAUGAUUCUUUAUGAUCUGAAAUGUCAUAUAUAAGACCAAUGUGACACAUGUGUCUCAUAGGUGUGGGUUAUUUUAUGAAAGCAAGGGUCAAUAUAUGUUAUCUUUGUAUGUUGUCAUGGCAAUGCAUUCAUUCAAAGGGAGACAAUGCAUGCAUAUGCUGAAAGGACAUUGCUACUGGAGAUCAUAUUUACAUAUUUAUUUUCGAGGGUUUUGACUCGGAUGUAAACUUACCGUCACCAGAACCCAUGGUACAUACCCAUUACAACUACAAGUAAAUAUUUAGAAGUA